AGGCCGGCAGACACAAGGCCGGGGGAAGUGAACUUCGAGCAGCUGGAGCCCCCCCCCCCGCUGGGCCCCGCGGGGAGGAGCCGUCAGCGCUUCCGCCUGGCUGCGUCGCCCGCAGCCUGCUCGGGGCAGCCCGGACCCCGGGCUAUGACGAUCCAGACCCUCUUGAAGAGCCAGGGAUUACGGGUUUACACACCAACUUGUACCCUCUUCAUGUGCUCUGCGCUCAAAGACCCAGUCAGCAUAGAAACGUUUGAAACUCAGGCAGCCGAGGUGGGUGCCGUGGCACCAUGGGAUGGCGCCGCGGCGAUGGGAGCGCUGGACGAGUUCGCAGUCCCCGAGGAGGCCCAGACAGCUGUCACAGAGCAGGGGCCCCGCAUCGAGCGGCUCUUCGGCGUGGAGCUCAAUGUGCUGGGGUGCUUGACUCCAGGCAGGCCCCCCCGCGCCCCCAGGAGCGCCCGGCAGAGCUGGCUGCAGCUGCAGGCGGGCCCCACGCAGGACCUGCAGAGAGCAAAGGAGUACAUCAAGGGGCUCUGCAGCCCGGAGUUGAGCGAGAAAAUCUGCUACCCUAAGGACAUGCAGUGCGUCUUUGUGGGAGCUCAAGGUCUCUUCCUGGACUGUCUCACUAAGGGGACCUCUGCCAACCUGGUCCUGCUCAGCCCCGGUUCCCUGCUGGUCUCAGGCCUAGCCGAGGCCUUCGUGAUGGCCCAGAGCCGCAUCCAGGAGUUCGUGGAGAAAUACCAGAAGACACCACGGCUGCCGGAGGAGCAGGAAGCCCUGGUGAAGAAGGCCUUCCGGGAGCUGGUGGAGUCCCACGAUGACAAGCAUGCCAUAGACCUUCUUAUCCUUCCCACCCCACUCAAGGAGGAACUGCUCAGCCUAGUGCGAGACAUCCAGGAGGAAGUCGGGGAAUGGACACCAAGAAAUAGAGCAUGGGUGUCACCGGGCAUCAAUCGAGACCAGCUGCAGUGGUGGGAAGCGAAAGAGGCAGGUGAGGCUAGGCCCCAGGACUUCUUUGACCUCAGUAGACCUCCAGACCAGACCAGGCAUCAGGGCUCCAGGUCUGGCAUCCCAGGCUGUCCUCAGGACCAGGAGAAGCUGGUGGAGGAGGCCUCCGAGAGGCUAGUGCUUUACAAGCGGUCAUCGAAACCCAUCCCAGCUUUGGACGGCAGCCAGCAGGCUCAAGACGACUUGAUGUUCCCGGGCAACCAGGACUGGAUGAGAGAAGUGGAGGAAAGAGGGCCGGAGGAGAGCAGCCAGGAGGAGGAGGAGGAACAGUCGGCUGGGGCGCUGUCAUCAUCAUGGACGCAGAAGGAGUUCAAGAUCAUGCUGAACUUCUUCAAGACCAUGGGCUACGAGGAGCGGGUGGUGAAGAAGGUGCUGCUGGAAUGUGGUGUGCGGGAAGCCCCCUCCAAAAUCCUGGACAGGGUCCAGAUGGAGCAGGCCUCCUCCUCCCAGCAGGGGCAUGGCCCCGCGCCCUUUCAGGAGUCCGGGGCAAGGGAGACGUCUUCUCCUCCUCCUCCGCCACCAGAGACGACCCAAGAUGAACACGAAUACCUGCUGGAGGUCAUCAAGUCAGCAGCGGCCAACUGUGGCCACUCGCCCAGCGAGAUCCCGGCUGAGAUCUGGACAGGGGCCCCCUUGGCCGGCCUGCUGAGAAGGCUCAAUGAGAAAGCCAACCACCAAGAGGAGGCUGGGGUUAAAACUAGGUCGGAGGAUAGAGGCAGCUGCAGAAAUGGAGAGCCAGCCCUCUCGAAUGGCAAGGAGUCUCCCCAGGGUCAACAUCACUGCGAGCUGGGGAGGAAAGGAGGGUCUCCUAUCCACAGAGGAGUCCGUGGCCCACCUCUCCUCCCAGAAGGCUCUGAUUUCCCCAUGGACGUGACCCCUGUAGCUUCCCCUGCGUCGGCUGCCGAGGAGAGCCAGCCAGCUGAGGAUGUGUACCCAGUGCCAGCAGGCCCAGUGCCAAUGGUGACCGGAGCCCAGCGGUUCAAGGAAGCCAUUCGGACACCCUUCAAGCUCAGCUUGGCCAACACGCCAGGGAAAAAGAACCUAAGGAGGGUCAUUAUCGAUGGCAGCAAUGUAGCCAUGGUGCACGGCUUACACCAGUUCUUCUCCUGCCGGGGUAUCGCUCUGGCUGUGCAGUAUUUCUGGGACCGUGGGCACCGGGAGGUGACGGUCUUCGUGCCACAGUGGAGGAUGGAGAAGGUUGCCAGGGUGGAAGAGAGACAUUUCCUUAGCCAGCUGCAGGACCUGAGCCUGCUGUCGCUGACGCCCUCACGCCAAGUGGCUGGGAAGCGAAUCACAUCCUACGAUGACAGGUUCAUGCUCAGGCUGGCAGAGGAGACUAAUGGUGUCAUCGUCACCAAUGACCAGCUCCGGGACCUCAUGCAGGAGUCCAAGAAAUGGACCAGAAUCAUCAAAGAGAGACUGCUGCAGUUCACCUUCGUGGGGAACAUCUUCAUGGUUCCAGAUGACCCGCUGGGCCGAGAGGGUCCCACCUUGGAUGAAUUCCUGCAGAAACCCCUCAGGCAGAAGCCUCCCACUUGCCACUCCUUCGCGGGGCAUGGGGCUCCCUUUCCCGCCCCCAGCCGGCCAGCCUCCCAGACGGAGGUGCUGCAGCUGCGGGACAGGAAGCCCCCAGGGGAGCGGCGGCAGAGGAGACAGCAGCAGGAGGAAAAGGGAGAGGAGGAGGAGGUGGUACGGAAGCCGUGGGAGACUGAGCGGCUGAGGCAGGAGCUCCUGACGAUCUUCACGGGUCAGGACCAGAAGGUGGACUUUGUCCUGCACAGAGAGCCCUGUAGCCGGGAUCUGAACAAGCUCUCUGAAAAUCUGCUGAGCCUCAACUUCUGAGACGCCCACGUCAGCCAUUGCUGACCCCCUGGGGUCUACCCUCAUCCUCCCAGCAGCAGGGAUCGCACCCACCAAAAUCCCAGAUGAACUUCUUUAGCAGCAGUAAGCUAUUAACCUCCCACCUGGACCAGCUCUUUACAUGACAACCUCCCAUGGUGCAUCAUGAACAAGGACUGAGCCAAUGACCUUCAGGACCAAAAUCAUGGAUUUGCCCCUCAUAACUCCACUGGGUGGUAGCAGUAGGAAGCUGUUAUCCUCUCAUGUGGACAAGCCCCCCCUCCAAGUUAGUAGCAGGGCUUGAACACUACAGCUGUCAGUGCUAAUAAUAAUUGACCACAGUCAACUGAGCUGCAGGAGUAAGCCCAUUAGCUGGUAGCAGUAGCAGGUUGUUAUCCUGUGUGAACCAUCAUGUUAUAUAGCAGCUGGGUCACCAGCUGGGAUUGAAGCCACAACCUUAAGUGCCAACUUCAUAGAUGGAGCUGCAGGUGUAACUCUCAUUGUCUAGCAGCAGUAGUAGGUUGUUAUCCUGUGCUGUGGACCACACAUGUUGCAGGUGGGUUACCCACUACGUCUCUCUCUACUCAUCCCUCUGAAGUUGGGCCUGGUAUCUGAUCCAGGUGCCACACAGUUAGGACUUCAGCAAAUGCUGAAGGACCAUUUAUAGCUCAUCUAGGGUGCCUUCCCAGAGAGACAUCCAGCAGCCCUUCUCUGGCCUGGGGAGAGAGAUUGCUGCAGCUGUGGGAGAACCCACCCGAACUUGCCUCAUCAACCGUCAUGGACAAGGGACAGACCAUGGUGUAUUUAUUUUGGAAAACUGACCGCUAUACCUGGAAGGUAUGACCGAAGCCACCCAUGGGAGAAGCAUUGGCUGGUCCUUUUCCAAGUCAACUGUCUGUGGUGGCAGUGGCUGCUUGAGGUUCACAGGACAACCAGGCAACGGCCUCCAAACCCAGCCAAGCUGGAGGCCCAGAGCCAGGCAGAUGGAAUGCAAGCAGGCAUGGUCUUCUUUCCAUGUCCAUCCUUCUUUCUGUCCAUCCUUCGUUCCAGUUGAUGGACAAGGGGGAAGAGGGUGUUGGUGAAGAAAGAAAGAUUGGAGAAGCCCGAGGUUGGGUCCCCCCACCCUGUGCCCUGGGCGGUGGUGCCCUUCCUGCCCUCCACACCGCCAGGGUCUGGCUGGUCUCGGCCUAGCCCAUUUCAGUAUGGAGCCCCCCCCACUCUCCCCCUCUGGUGUCCCCCAGUAGCUCAGCCCACUUCUCCACCCCACUUCUCCUCCUCUCACCUUGGCUUCUGCCCCCUCAGACCCUGUGAGCAUGUCACUUCCCCACCCAGAGUCCGUUCCACUGUGCCAGCCCAAGGAGAUCUACAAGGCUACUUCCAGCCAUCAUAGGAUGCUGGCAAUCAUGUCCUCUUUCUGUUGUAUGGAGAUCUCCUAUUCCAGGGGCCGGCAGGAAGUCCAUGGCUCUGGGCUUCCCCUCUGGUCUGUGCUGUAAGCCUAUGACACAUGGAUGCUUCUCCAAGUCCAUUCCCUACACCCUAGAUAUCUCUGCCUGGCUCCGGUGUCAAUGAAGCAGAAUCUGUUCUGAGUGCCUCCAAGCGAUAGGUUCGUUGUGGACCUUAAAGCAUGAGUCGCUAUGGCCUGAGCUCAAAGAUGUCCUGGCUGUAGGAGAUUCAACAUCUCCUUGCUAGAGCUUCUCUGCAAGCUUUGGCCACCAUGCUUCCUCCUUGUUUGCCUGUCUCCUUCUGACCUUGGUCAGCUCCAGCCUUCUUCUGUCUCCUACCUCUUGCCCUCAGCCAGGCCAAAAAUCUCGCUCCAGAGAGAGUCCCCUUCUUUGCUCUACCCAUCUUUCCUGGAGUCCCAGUUCCCUCAGCUCCAUGCUUGGAGAUGAUCUGACCCGCUUGGCGCAUCCUUGAUCUUCCUGAAAUCCAAUGGCACUCUUUCAGCCAUGACUCCUGCAUUCCCGUCUUCUAAGCCUUGUGUUCUCCACCUUUCUUGUCUUGUCUCUAUCUCACCAAAGCUGAGGGCGCGACGGGUCAUUACCCAGCCUUAUUGACAUUUAUAUAUUCAGUGGCUAUUUAUGUAAAUAUGUUUGAUAAUGAUAAAUAAAUGGCAGGGCCCGACUGA